AUGGCACUGUUGAAGUGUGGGUUCACGAACUCCUUGCGGGCUUUGCCGCUGGUGGAACGCACCUUUGCAAGGAUUCCUCCACGUCGCGCCCUCUGUGCCACCACAGUCUUGUUAUAUUGCGUCGGGCAACGAGCUUUUCUCGCUUGUCUCGCCAUUUCUUCAUAUUCGUCGUUUGCUCUUUGUCUGUCGACGGUCGGCGAGAAGGGGAUUGUUUCCGAUCUUUUCCCCGCACUCGGCGAUGAACGGCCGCCGAAAGGCUCGACCUCCAUGUCCGUAACUGUCCCUUGGAUUUUUUAUGUUUCCAAUAUGCACGUACUUGCUUAUGCUGUUGGGCGAGGACCUUCCCUGCGUGAAAAUGACUUGUGGAAGAUCGACGACAUGUGUCCCGAUGUGUCGCCGUGUGCUGAGCGCUUCAGCGAUUCGCCCAGUGGCGCGAACCUUACAUUUCGCAACCGAGAACACUUCUUCGGUAGGGUUGAAACACGGAGCCUACGGAGGAAUGAGAACCAGCUCUACCCCCGAUAG